GCAAUUUAUCUAUUGCGCACAGCACCAUAACAGCUAUACAGUCGUCAACGAUUUUGGCAAUUUUAUUCUUUCAAAUCGUAAGUAUCAAUCGCUGUCAAAGACAUGUAUGGUACAAAUCUAAACGAUUUAUUAAAUAACCAAUUUUCAAAUAUUAUUAAAAAUCCAGACAUGUUUAAGAAACUAUUUAAUGAUUGCGUCAAUUAGGCUCCGGACUUUUCAGACUCAUAUAUUUAUGGAAUUUUUUAAGUAAAGAAAACGCCUAAAACGAAUCAAGGUUGUCAAUUUCGCCUAUAUAUUAGUUUAACAAUAUGUUUGAAGAUUAGUCUAUUUUUAGAGUUAUUUCUGAUGAAUCAAGCGCGAUUUAAAAUGUUCUUGGUUUCACCUAUUAACAAAAUCUUUCAUUACAGUUAAAGAUCAUCUAAAGCUUUGUCAAUAUGUCUUUCGGAGAAGAUCAACCAGAAGUAUGUUUGUUUAUAUUUAUACUACAAUACUCCCUAAAUUAACGUUGCGAUCUGCUCAAAAAUUAAAGCAAAUUCAUGACUACAUCUCUAUUGUAAAAGAAUAUUCUUAUUUUAUCGUCCACCCGGAAUGCCUAUAAAAUAAUUUUUUUAAAUUGACAGUAUUAAACAAUGUUUAAUACUGUUUAUUCUUACGCAACUAUGUCAGAUAGAACUCACUGAGCUGAUAGUGCUCAAUGUGUCGUUAAAGAAACGACCACAUUGAGCACAUAAUUAGUACUACUCAUUUGUCACUGCUACCUCAUAGCAAGAACGAAUAUAAUAUUUAACAAAAUGUCGAAGAGAUGGAAUUGACUGCCGACUUGAUUAAGGAAAUACAUUCUGGAAACAAGACAUUAAAUCUUUUAUAAGUGAAAUUUUAGAUUUUCCGUUGAGCUUUGAUCUACAGUGAAAGAAAAAAUAUUUUCAAGUUAGCUUCUUAAGGAAACUGUACAGAUUAAUCCUUUUUUAAAAAAUACUAUGUUUUAUUUUUUAUACUUAAGAUUUGCCUUUGAUUUUUGAGCUAAAAGAUAGAUGGCAAAAGCUCAUAUAUGCGUUUAUUUAGACGACACGAACUUUUCUAUAACAUCCAAGUUUUAUAUACUAUAUCGAAUAUCUUUUGCAUUUAGUCAUACUUUUCGAGCCAAAAUCAAAGCGUUUAAUGAACGCUUUUGUCUUGUAUAAAUAUAACAAUAGUUUAUUAACUCUCGGCUAAUAAUCCAUUGACUAUUUUUAUUUUAGUGCCCACUCUGUAUGGAAAGUUUCGAACCAGACGACCUGAGUUUUUUUCCCUGUACUUGUGGUUAUCAAAUUUGCCGUUUUUGUUGGCAUCGGUUACGAACGGAGGAAAAUGGCUCCAAUGGUCUGUGCCCGGCCUGUCGUAAGCAAUACGCAGAAGAUCCCGCUGAAUUUAAACCACUCAGCGAAGAUGAAGUGCAUCGUAUCAAAAAGGAGAGGCGGUUGCAAGAUUCUCAAAGAAAACAUAAAGCAGCCGAAAGUCGUAAACAUUUAGCAAACGUUCGUGUGAUGCAACAUAAUCUCGUCUUCGUUGUCGGCUUACCUCCUCGAUUGGCCGACUCGGAAAUUUUAAAGAAACAAGAAUAUUUCGGAAAAUUUGGAAAAAUUCAUAAGGUCGUCAUUAAUCCCUCAACCAACUACGCUUCAACCCAGGGCAAAGUUAAAGACAAGGGGCCCAGCGUCAGUGCUUAUGUGACGUUUAUGAAAUCCGAAGACGCUCUGAAAGCCAUUCGGAAUGUUAACAAUAUACACGUUGAUGGAAGAACAUUAAAGGUCUCUCUUGGUACAACGAAAUACUGUAGUCACUUUCUCAAAGGCUCGGCGUGUACAAAGACUGAUUGCAUGUACUUACACGAAUUGGGCGAUCAGAAUGCUAGUUUUACAAAAGAGGAAAUGCAACAGGGGAGACAUUUGGAAUACGAACAAAAACUUUUCGAUCUAUAUACCCAUAAUAAAAGAAAAUUUACUGAAUGUACGCAAGAAGAAAAACCUGAACCGAUAAAUCAUAUAGUUGAAGAAAAUAUCGACCGAUUAAAAAAGCAUUUAAAUACUAAUGGCAGAAUAAAAAAUGAUGUAACUUAUGUGAAUGGAGCACAAAAUGGUUUGGCAAAGCCGCAUUCAACAUUAGAUGUAUUAGGACAUGACAACGCAAUAUCGAGAUUAUCACCUAACAGUAGUAAUUCGCCCUAUUCAUCCUUUUCCUCUUCAUCAUCUCCAACAGAAAUAAGUUCAAAAUCGGAAGUGAGUAAUACAACCAAACCUGGUCAUAAUUCAAAUUCUACAGCCGAAAUUCGAGCACAACCAAUAUUUAGAGAAUUACAAAACCCUCUGCCAAGCCACUGGCAUAUCGAAAGAGAGCUUUUAUCUAGCAAUCAUGACGAUGACUUAGGUUUUGAUCCUUGGGCAGAAUCUGCCAAAGGCUUAGCGGAUUUGGUUCAGAGAGAAACCAAUAGAAAGAAUUUAGCAGCUGUUAACCAAAGCUUACCAAAUGUUGAGCAACGUACGGAACUUAGAAAGCCGCCGAUGUAUCCAUGGGCUACAAACGGAGUUGGAAUUGGCAAUGGUUCACUCAGUUAUCCAGUAGUUGAAAAUGGUCUCUGCAGGAAUAAUCUAUUUCAUAAUAUUCAACCUCCCUUUCCAAUGAUGAAAGAGGAUGAAGUUGAAGAACGUGAGAACGACGAACUGCUUAACGCCUGCAUGAACCUAAAUGCCCAGGAGACAUCGAACCUUCAACAAAACACGCAAACUACUCGAGAACUUCAAGAGGGUUUUAGGGCCCUUCUUCCUGCUGGCGUCAAUAUUCGAUUUGGUAAUUCAGACAAUGUCAAAACCCAAUCCAAUGGAAGACAUCUGUGGUACGAUCACGUCUUUCAACAGACUUUUAACGAUCCGGCUAUUGUCAGCGCAGGUAUUUCCUUAAAUGGUCAUUAUAACAAUAAUAUGGUCAACUUCGAUCGAAUGCCACCUCCCGGCUUCAGCUCUCCCAAUGUCAUCGAACAAAACUGAAAGCACGACGAAAAUGGUAAAGUUUUUAAGGAUGAUCAUUAAAGAAAAGGAUAUAUAUAUAUAUCUAUAUAUGUAUGUAUAUGUAUAUGUAUAUAUAUAUAUAUAUUUAUUUAUAUUUUAUUAAAUUUAUAUAUAUAUAUAUAUAUAAA